AUGAAUAGUCGUACAUUUAUAUUUUUGCUUAUUACCGUCGGCAGAUCCAUUGCUAAACAGCAUAGAGUACAUCAUCAUCACAAUGAUCAUGGAUAUCAAACUCUACUGCCAGUCCAAGACACAACUACACCCUUGAGCACUCCGACAGCUUUGACGACCGGUACAACCACCACGACAAGCUCAAUCACUCUAACGAAAACAAUCAUUGUAUCACAGCCAACAAGAGGCGCGCCUCCAACUGGUUCAACCUUUGCCAUUCGAGAUGCACUUCAAGAGCGGGAACUCCUUGUAACUUACCUCCAGAGCGAAGUAGUCGGGGAUAUCGAAGGUUUUACCCUCUUUAGUGAUAUACCGGAUAUAGAAAACCAACAGCGAUAUAUCUUGAAUGACAAGGGAAACCUCAUCCACGUGGCGACCGGGUGGGUGGCACACGGCGAUGAUUUGGUCGGCCACAGAUUCGAAAACCCCAAAACUCCCGACGAUGCUCUAUCCUCUCCGGCGUGUAUAUGUGCCGUCGACCCAGUUACCUCGCAAUUGACAUGUUCUUGUGGGAGUGCCACAAAAGUCUGCAUGGACACGAGUAGUAGUUCGACAACUCCUUGUACCGAACAAGACAUAUCGGAUACUUGGGCAGAGGUUUCAUGGUACGUUUUCCCGGAUGAUCCCAGCGUCACCACCGGCAUCAGUCCGACAGCGACUCCUUCACCACCGCCAGAAGAUCGGCAAUUUCUAUUGGAAAGUGCCAACUCUGAGUACUUAUUGGUUGUGGUUGACCAUACACCAUUUCUCGUGCUCGAAGACAGCAACAGCACGACGGGCUUGGACGUGAUCUUUGGGAUAGACGACGACGGCGCUUGGAUCAAUGUCGCAACGGGCGAUAUUGCUGCUUCCAACCCCGAGUUCACGACCGGGCCCAUCUCUUUCUGGAGUCGAGAGGACAUGGCGAGGCUCGGCCUGAAACCCAGCACCUGUGACGUUGUGGACCAGAGCGGAUCAGUUGGCUUUCACUGCAACAACCGCCGCUUCUGUGCGACGGAAUGGGGACUGUUUUAUUGCUAUGGAACUCGGCCAGAUGAUAAUGUGGUGCAUCUCUACUCGGGGCUUGAGAUAUAA